AUGACAAGGAAGAGAAACUGGGGUGAAAAAGGAACUGUGGUACUCACUAAAGAGUGUAGUGCUAUAAUACAAAGGAAGCUCCCCCAGAAAUUAAAAGACCCUGAGAGUUUCCAAAUCCCUUGUAUCAUUGGGGACAUGAACAUUGAGAAGGCAUUAUGUGAUCUUAGAGCCAGCAUAAACCCCAUGUCCUUAGCCAUGAUGAAGAGAAUGAUAAUAGAAGAGGCUAAACCAACAAGAAUGACACUCCAGUUGGCUGACAGAAUAUUUAAAUUCCCCUAUGGUGUGGUGGAAGACUUAUUGGUGAAGGUGGGGCAGUUCAUCUUCUCAACUGAUUUUAUUGUGCUUGACAUGGAGGAAGAGGCCAAUACAUCUAUCAUCCUGGGAAGGCCAUUUCUAGCUACUACUGGAGCCAUAAUUGAUGUUAAAAAAGGAGAGUUAGUCUUGAGACUACAUGAAGAAAAAAUGGUCUUCAAUGUCUUCCAGGCAAUGAGCUACCCCAAAGAAUCCAUUGGUGAAUACAUGAUGGUGGACAUAAUUGAGACCCUAGUUCAAGGAGUCCUAGAGGAAGAACCAUGUGAAGAAACCCAAGAGUAA